CGGACCAGUCUGGGAAGAGCGUGUCUCAUAUGCACACACAGCAGCGCAGGGCCCUCGCUACAGACCAGCGAUCCGCGCCAUCUAGGAACCCACUGGAACACCUGCUGCUCGUCUUGUGAAGACCAGGCCGCCAAAGACUGCCCAACCAUGCCUAGCGCCGUGCGCUGGGCGCUGCUCCACCGGCAGGUGUCGGCGCUAUCCGCCCCCGCCGCCGCCUCCGGCGCCGCCCCCGCCAGGAGGCGCUUCUGCAUCAUCACGCCGACGCCGCCCCUGCCGCGAGCACCGCCGCCCCCGCGGCCCACGGCGCUCCUGGAUCUGCACCGCUCGCUGGGAGCGCGCCUCGUCGACUUUGCGGGCUACCUGCUGCCCGUCUCGUACCGCGAUCAUCCGGACCCCGCCGCCCACCUGCACACCAGGCGUCACUGUUCGCUGUUUGACGUCUCCCACAUGAUGCAGACCGAGGUGCGCGGUAGGGACCGCGUGGCUUUGGUUGAGCGCCUGACUCCGGCCGACGUGCAGUCACUGCCCGACAACGCAGCCACGCUGUCCGUCUUCACCCACCCACACACGGGGGGCGUGCUGGACGACCUGGUCGUCACCAAGACGGCCCUGGGCUACCUGCACCUCGUCUCCAACGCCGCGCGCCGCCACCAUGACCAGCAGCUGCUCAGGGAUGCCGAGGCGGAGCUGCGCGCAGCAGGUCUGGACGUGGAAGUGCGCUUCCUGGAGCCUUCGGAGAUGUCGCUGCUGGCGCUGCAGGGCCCGGAGUCGGCGGCGGCGCUGCAGCCCUGUGUGGACGUGGACCUGUCGGCGCUGGGGUUCAUGCGCUCCACGCUGGCCACGGUGUGUGGCGUGCCUCGAGUCAGGGUGACUCGCUGCGGCUACACGGGAGAGGACGGCUUCGAGCUCUCCGUGCCCUCCGCCUCUGCCACCCAGGUGGCCCAGAAGCUGCUCGCAUCCAGGAAGGUCCCCGUCAGGCCGGCGGGGCUCGGCGCCAGGGAUUCGCUCAGACUGGAAGCUGGACUCUGCCUGUACGGGUCCGACCUGGAUGAGACGACGACGCCUGUGGAAGCUGGACUCUCGUGGCUGAUUGCUAAGAAACGGCGAGCUUCGGCGGACUUCCCCGGCGCCGGCGUGAUCCUGGAGCAGCUGCGCUCUGGGCCCCGGAGGAGGCGCGUUGGGCUGCGCUGGGAGGCGGGACCGCCAGCGCGCGCGGGGGCGGCGGUGGUGGCCGCCCUCAGCGACGCCGCGCCAGCGCAGGUGGGCCGCGUCACCAGCGGCUGCCCGUCGCCCUCGCUGGGCGGCAGCGUCGCCCUCGCCUAUGUGGACUCGCAGUACUCGAGGCCCGGCACCUCACUGGCUGUCCAGGUGCGCGGCCGCGACGUGCCCGUAGAGGUGUGCCGGCUGCCAUUCGUGCCGCACCGCUUCUACAAGAAGGACCAGCAGUAGAGUGUACCCACCACCUGGAGUCUCAAACAGCUACGCUUUCUGGACACCAACCCUCAAGACAUUUCUAGAUCCAUUGCCCCAGUCACCAUCAGCCAAUGAAUCUCACAAUCUUUCGAUGUGCAAUCACCCCAUAACGGCUAUGGUCAACACCAGAACCCCCAUCUGGUUGCCAGACGUCCCAGCCAGCUACGAUAUCUUUCUGGCAGUGGGACUGAAGACAUUUCUGUACCCAUCACCUCAGCCACCAUCAAUCAAUCCCAGUGUUUUGACAAGUAACACCUAAGCAGUCACCAGUAAAUCCACUGUUCAACAGCUGAACUCUCUUCUGACUGCCUGGUGUCUGAAGCUGCUAUAUUUUGGGCACCACAGCUGAAGACGUUUCUACAUUCACCUGCUAAGUCAUGAUCAGCCAAUGAAUAUCUUAGUCUUUCAACAAGCAGCAGCUCAGUAAUCACCCAGUAACUUCAGUGCUCAACGCCAGGACUCUGAUCUGGCUGCCUGGCGUCCCAACCAUCCAAUACCUGGUGUGAAGACGUUUAUGUAUCCAUCAUGUCAGCUAUCAUCAGUCAGUAAACCUCUCAGUCGUUAGACAAGUAGCACCCCGGCAGUAACCAGUAAAUGCAGUGGUCAGCAGCUGAAUGCUCUUCUGGCUGCCAGCUAUAUUCUGACGCCAGGGCUGAAAACGUUUCUUCAUACACCUGCUAAAUCAUCAUCAGCCAAUGUAUCGCUCACUGUUUUGACACACAUCAUCUAAACAUUCACCAGUAAAUCCACUGUUCAACAGCUGAAAUCUAGCUUCCUGGCAUCUCAAGCUGCUAUAUUCUGGCACCACAGCUGAAGACGUUUCUACAUCCACCUGCUAAAUCAUCAUCAGCCAAUGAAUCGGUCACUGUUUUGACACACAUCACCUUAGCAGUCUCCAGUAACUGUAAUGGUCAACAUUUGGACUAGCUUCUGGACCAAUGUGUCUCAACCAGCUUGAAUAUCAUUUGCUUUCUGACCCCUAGACUGAUGAUGAUGCUACAUCCAUCAGCUCAGUGAUCUUCAGUUAAUGAACCUCCAACUGCUUUGACAAGCAUCGACUCAGCAAUCACCAAUAGCUACAGCUAAUGAUCUUUCCUGAAGCAUCACCUCAACCAUUAGUAUUCGUUAAAUGUAUUGAUGUUUUUUCAGUGAGUUUUACCUUAGCCAUCAGCUUCUCGCAACCCUACAUAUAGGCCAAGUAUGUCGUUUGAUGAAACUUGGUGCUGAAUUCUACCACUGGGGCUGAUAAUAUAUCUACCGCUCAAUUCUGACACCAGGACUGAAGACGUUUCUACAACCACCUGCUAAGUCAUCAUCAGCCAAUGAGUCGCUCACUGUUUUGACACACAUUACAUUAGCAGUCACCAGUAACUGCUAUGGUCAAUAUUUGGACCAGCUUCUGGACCAGUGUAUCUUGACCAGCAACGAUAUCACCUGUUUUCUGACUCGUGAACCGAAGGUGCCUCUACAUCCAUCAGCUCAGCCAUCUUUAGUUAACGAAUCUCCCACUGCUUUGUCAAGCAUCACCUGAGCAACUACCAGUAGCUACAGCUAAUGAUGUUUCCUAAAGCAUCAUCUUAUCUAUUAAUAUUAGUUGAAUGUAUUGAUGGUUUCUCAAUCACCAGCUUCUCACAACCGUAGAUAUUGACCAGGUACAUCUUUUGAUGAAACUUGGUACUGAAUUCUACUACUGGGGCACACGAUGUCUCUACACCUAUCAGUUCGUCAAUCCAAAGAUGUUACUACAACAUCAUCUCAUCAAACAUCAAUGAAGUGGAGGAGCAAUUCACCCAUUAUAUAUAUAUAUAUAUAAAAUCAAAACCUACAUUCUCCUCAGCCUUUCCUGUUUCUUCGUUAUUUAUUAUUUCAGUGUCAUCUUCAACUGCACUAUUUCAUACUUCAACUCUGUAACUAAUUCACAAUUUGUUUCUCUGGCUCCAUGUCUCUGACUACUGAUUUCCUUCUUUCUCUCGUUAUUUGCUGUCCAUAUAUCUGUGCUAAUGGAAUUACACCUUCAGUAUAUGAAACCAAAAAAAAUACGCUAUUUAACAAGAUAUUUAUCAUUUGUACUAUUUCUGUUUAUAAUCGGAUUCAUCUUUACAUCAAGCUAUAUACUCAUUCUAACUAGAUACUUUUCACUUCUCUUACUGUCUUUUGCAGUGCAGAUAUUCAUCUGCUCAUCAUUGUAGUUUCUUCUAAUCUGAGCUUUGGACUGACUAUUUUCCUUAAGCUGCACUUCCUGCGUACCAGUUCUCCUACAUCUUCCCAUUCUUCCAGGGUGACAUCACCAUAAUUGCAACCUUCAUACUUCUACAUUACUAUUACAACUCCAUUUCUUUUCCACAACAGGUCUUCAAUGGUAGGCGUAAUAUAAGCACCUGUCCUUUGCACCAUUUUGUCUUUUUCUCUGUGUGCACAUAUUAUUACCACAUUUCAUUUUCUAACAGUGUUUCCUCUCUGUUGCUUUCCGAAGUUGCAUGUACAGUACAGUAGCUUUGAGUAACAAGGUUGAGUUCUUGAAAUCUCUCUUCCGUUACUAAUGCAACUGUCAGAAUUUCGCUGCAAUAUCAUUCCUUUUACUCAGAUCAAAUAUAUCGUCUCUAAAAAUAUUUUAAGCUUUUCUCUGUGCUCCUUAUUUCAGUCAGCGAUUAACAAGCGUGACACGCCUUAACGAAACCUGAAGUGCAAGCCCACAACUGGCAACACACCUUUUGUACCUUUACAUAAAUAUAGCGAUUUCUCUCGAAAUCUGUCUGAUCAAAUACUUCAAACAAAGAUAGAGCUGUUUUAUAUUAUUCGCUGUUACUCACAGUGAAUGUAUUUUUUUCAUAAGUUCACCUGGGUUUUCUGCUGGUCACUUUGAAUCAUUGAAAUUACAGAACUCUGCAAUCACAACUGUUAGUUUACAGUUUCAAGAGCAUCGUAUUUUCUAUGAUGUCGUGUGACUGUACUGUAUUCUGUGAAUGUUGGAAGAACAAGUUGCGAAACCCAACACUGUAUGUACUUGCCACAAUUAGAUAUCACGCGUGCAUCUGGAAGAAUUUGCAGACGGUAUCUCAAACCAGGACAAUAUGAGUGGGACAAUUUGAAAACGAUACGUCACGAAAACUGUGUGAUGACUGAUAACUACUCUGUGUUAUUUGUCAGAAGUAUAUUUUUUAUAUCAUUGUAAUUUUGCUCAAAAAUAAAUAAAGGUAGCAGC